AUGAUGGCCGCUUCAACGUCACUUCUAUCGCGUUCUCCCUUAGAAAGGCUACCGUUGCUUGUCCUCGACUUAGUAUGCGAAUACCUCGCGGAUAUUGACUCUAAACGACGCAGUCUCUUCGCCUUCUCCUUGACAAGCAAAACCUGUUGCGAUGCCGCUGCAGUUCAGAGGUUUCGACAUGUUUACAUUGAAUAUCAAGGAUGGAAAAAGUUGAAAUGCGAUUUAGAACGAUGGAACGAGAUUCUAAAUGUCAAACGGCGCGUACGAUAUGUGCGCAAAGUGGAGGUCGCUAACGAGAGGGAACCGCGCUUCUCGAAAGUAAUUAAAUAUAAGACGGCGCUCACGGCUGAGAAGGUAUCAGAAGAGGAGGCAGAAAUAGGAGGAGUACGCUGGCAAACUCCCGAAAUUACCGUUUAUCCUCUGAUGUUGAAUUCGUGGAUUCUCACGGAAAAAGAAAGAGAAAAAACCGAUGAAGCCUGGUUACCACUAGCUAAGUUUAUCGCACAGUUACCAGGCCUUAGGGAUUUUAUCUACUCGUAUCCAGCUCAGAUCCCAAGAUGUAUACUGUCAGCGUUACAUCAGUAUCACCCAAACAGUCGUCUUCAUAUAUCCUCGUUCAAUUUUCGGAGUCUAUGCCAGGAAAAGGGCCGCCCACGCGAUAUUGACCCGGACGAAUUUGCACUUGCAACAUCGCCAUGUCUAUACAGUGUCACUUUGGGGUUUUCUCCCUAUCGCGCAUCUACACAUGUGAAUUAUAAUCAUGAAGCCGUAUUACAGAUGGUGGCAACAUUGGCACCAAAGCUCAGGCAUCUGGAUAUGUGGAAUCUUGAUGUUGGGAAUGCAAUGACCAUGGAAGGCUUUGACCCCAUGGAAAAGCCACCAUGGCAAGGGUAUUUUGCGGAUAAACGAAGACUGCCCCCGACGCCUCUUAGAGCGAUAGGGGCCCUUCAGAGCCUCGUUCUAUAUGGCGAGUUUUUAGAUGACAUCACAAGCUGGGAUGGCUACACAGAUUUCUCGAAGCUACAGUCUCUUGAGAUAGGCGGUUCUAUCCAACCUGAAGGGCUGCAGGCCUUGAAAAAAAUGGCUGAAAACAGUCAAUUUAAAUCGCUUCGCACACUUGGUCUAGAUUCAUACUCCCUUCUGGACGGAGAUCGCGCACACAUGGACGAGGCAACAAGCCUUCUGCUACAAAAUUUACCUCCUCUCAGAGAUCUGAAGUUAAAAGGGUUUGUUGCUGAGGAAACAUUCUCCUCGAUAUUGAAUCACCAUAGGACUUUGCGCGAGCUUCAGUUCCUACCAGCUCGGGAUACGGUGAUGGUAGUGAAACCAUAUGUUGUAUCAUCCGAACACGUUCAGAGGCUCCAAAAAAACCUACCAGACCUGCAAUAUGUAACUCUGCGGAUUCCUCGUACAAUGAGCGAUGAAAGAGAAGUGCGCAUCUAUCAAGCCCUUGGCAGAUUGCGGCAGCUAAAACGCGUUUCUUUACUCCUCGAUUGCUCAGACACCCAUGCUCCAUACACUUUUGGUAGAGCUGCUCCGCCGCCGCCUCCCGCCCCAGAGACCUUCCUUAACGCCGCCGUCGACUCGACCCUUGCGCUCUCCAUCUUUCGUACCAUAUCCGAUGCUAAUACACUUUCCCGUUCUACUGGCUUGCCCUCAUUCCAGUUCCUUCAACUGCAGGUCACUGGAUAUGGUGAGUUCGGCAACGAUUGGGAAAUAGGCCUGGAAACCCUUAUAGAAUUCAUUGCGCGGCCAUGGGUUUGUACGAGAGACCCUAGGGAGGGUCAUGAAACCGAAGUUACUGUGAGAGAGGUCAACAAAGAGCAGAGAAUUGAUGAGAUGAAUAAUUAUGAUAUUCCAUACGGAAGUAUUUUUGACGACAUCGAUGAGUACACAAGUGUUUGGAAACAAAUUUGGCCCACCAAAACAGGAAAUUGGAGGGAAGAUUGGUCAAGCGUCCCACUGGCUGAAGGGGUGGAAUAG